AUGGAAAGCGUUAAUUUUGUACGAGAUGUGCAGUCUAGUUACGUGGCCUUUGCGCGAGGACUUGACGUUGCCAUAGUCUCAGAUUUUUCCAAGGAGAAUGAGAUAGGAAAGGGAGACUGGAAGAAAUGUGCGAAUCUUGUCAAGAACUCUGGCUCAGGAGAGAAUGAAAACGACCACGUCGUCAGUGUGUCUGCACUAAAGUUGGAGAAGCAGACAGUAGAUUACGUCGUAGUUUUGGGCUUAAAGUCUGGGCUCAUUGUACUUGCAAUCAUUGACUCUUCUGGGAAGCUGGAAGUUUUGGGUACUCAUACUCUGGACGGUCUAGCAGAGCUGGAGGUGCAUGUUGCUGGGAAGGAAUUUAGCGCUAAGAAUGUACACGUAUUUUGUAAAGUGAAUGAAGAAGUUGUAAAGUUUUCGUGGGAGACAAAAGAGGUGACGAAGGUUACGAGGUAA